CUAGGCAUGUAGACUGCUUCUACAAACAUUUGUGAAAGAAUGGGUCGCUCUCAGGAGCUCAGUGAAUUCACGCGUGGUACCGUGAUAGGUUGUCACCUGUGCAAUAAGUCCACCUGUGAAAUUUCCUUGCUACUAAAUAUUCCAUGGUCAACCGUUAGUGGUAUUAUAACAAAGUGGAAGCAACUGGGAACAGCAACUCAGCCACGAAGUGAGCUGGACUCUAGAGCAGUGGAGAUGUGUUCUCUGGAGUGAUGAAUCACGCUUCUCUGUCUGGCAGUCCGAUGGACGUGUCUGGGUUUGGCGGUUGCCAGGAGAACACUACUUGCCUGACUGCAUUGUGCCAACUGUAA